CAAUGGUACAGAAACACUCCCCCAGUGGCAGGUCAAUCACCAGCUCCUCCCUGCAGGGAUCCUCGAGGAACAUCAAACCAAAGUAGAAGCAAGGCAGCCGCUUCACCCGAGCAGGAUGACAGACAACGAGGAUCCCAAGAAACAGAAGGGGGGUAAAGGGACGAGCAAAGUGUUGUUCGGUUACCCGCUCAGCAUCUUCUUCAUAGUUGUGAACGAGUUCUGCGAGAGGUUCUCCUACUAUGGCAUGCGAGCGGUCCUGGUGCUGUAUUUCAAGUACUUCUUGCGCUGGGACGAUGACUUGGCCACCUCCAUCUACCACGUCUUUGUGGCUCUCUGCUACUUGACGCCCAUCCUCGGGGCCAUUGUGGCGGACUCCUGGCUGGGAAAGUUUAAGACCAUCAUCUACUUGUCCGUCGUCUAUGCGAUUGGCCAGGUGACGAUGGCUGUCAGUGCCAUCCAUGACAUCACUGACACGGACAGAGACGGGACACCAAACUCAAUGACGGUUCACGUCGUGUUGUCCAUGUUGGGUCUCUUCCUCAUCGCUCUGGGCACUGGCGGCAUCAAACCUUGUGUUGCUGCCUUUGGUGGAGACCAAUUCAGUGAUCAUCAGGAAAAGCAAAGGAGAACGUUCUUCUCUGUUUUCUACCUGUGCAUCAAUGGUGGGAGUCUCCUGUCAACCAUUAUCACUCCAAUCCUGAGAGCUCAGGACUGUGGCAUCUACAGUCAGCAGAAGUGUUAUUCUCUGGCCUUUGGCGUCCCUGCAGCACUAAUGGUUGUUGCACUUGUGGUGUUUAUUGCUGGAAAUGGGAUGUACUACAAAGCUGAACCACAGGGAAACAUCAUGCUGGAUGUGUGUAAAUGUAUUGGGUUUGCCAUUAAAAACCGCUACAAGCACAGAAGCAAACAAUACCCAAAGAGGCAGCACUGGAUGGAUUGGGCAGAGGAGAAAUAUGCUAAACUCCUCAUUGCUCAAAUCAAAAUGGUGCUGAGGGUGCUCUUUUUAUACAUCCCACUCCCAAUGUUCUGGACCCUGUUUGACCAAAAGGGUUCCAGGUGGACUUUGCAAGCCACAAAUUUGAACGGGAACUUUGGGCUAAUUGUCAUACAGCCUGAUCAGAUGCAGACUGUAAACCCCAUUCUGAUCUUGACGCUGGUGCCUAUCAUGGACAGCGUAAUCUAUCCUCUGAUCCAAAAGUGUGGCGCAAACUUUACACCUCUGAAAAGAAUGACAGUGGGGAUGGUGAUGGCGGCUAUAGCUUUUGUCUGCGCUGCUGUGGUUCAGAUUGAAAUUGAUAAAACAUUACCCACCUUCCCAUCAGCCUCUCAGAGUCAGUUGAAGCUACUUAACAUGGACAGUAAGCCGGUGUCGGUUAAGCUGCCCGGCGUCGAUCCUCUGAUACUUCCUGCUUUUCAGGCCAGUGAUGAUUUUUUUACAUUUGACACAGAAACUGUAAGCAUUUCAGUAGAAAGCACGGUGAAAAGUAUUAUCUUGGCCAAAGGGUAUCGAAAAACGCUUCUUAUGACCUCAAACGUCAAUGACACCUGGACGUUGACUAAUGAUCUCAUUUCAAAGCCACAAGAAGGCAGCAAUGACGUCAGAUUCAUAAAUGGAUUGAAUACAACAGUAAAUGUGUCAGCUCCUGUAGCCAACUUUGGAGAAAUUGAGUCAUUGUAUUAUUCCAACUACUCCAAAAUAAAAACGGGAAAGACCAUCUUCACCAUAAUGACUGGUUCACAGUCAUGUGAAUACAGCAGGGACUUUGGAUUUGGAAGCUCAUAUACCUUCUUUAUACCCAGCACUUUUGUCUUUGGACCAAAUUGUCAGGAGUCUGUUACUGUUGCAGAAGACAUCAAGCCCAACUCAGUUCACAUGGCUCUGCAGAUCCCACAGUACUUCUUCAUAACUGUUGGAGAAGUGAUGUUUUCUGUUACCGGUCUGGAGUUCUCCUACUCACAGGCACCUAGUAACAUGAAAGCAGUGCUGCAAGCCGGCUGGUUGUUUACUGUCGCCGUUGGCAACUUCAUCGUUCUGAUUGUUGCUGAGCUUGCAAAGAUUCCCAAACAGUGGGCAGAGUACAUCCUAUUUGCCUCCCUAUUGGUUGUAGUGUGUGUUAUCUUCUCCAUCAUGGCCCAUUUCUACACCUACAUCGAUCCUGCAGAAAUUGAGGCCCAGUUCAAUAAGAAGGAGGAUGAGGAUGAUAAGAGGCAGAAGCUCGAGAUGGCCAAGAAAGACUCAAUUAAAAGUUACAAAGAUGAAGAUGAUGCAGACAAACGGACCAAAAUGUGAACAUUUAUAUCUGAUGCCUAAUACCAACAUGAUGUAGAAUAUACUUUCAUGCUGCCAAGGCUAUGUGUGAGUUGUCUUGAGCAAAGCACACAAAGUUCUCGAUUCAGUAUGACAAAUUCAUGUAAAUGUUAUCUAUAGUAUUAUAACAACAAAGACCAAUUAACCAUUUAGAUAUUGUGUAUUAAAUUACUUGUUUAUAUGUAUGUGCAAGGUAUGUUCAAGUAUGCAAUAAAAAUAAUUAGGGCCUGAGCUCCAACAACAUUUCUUCUUCUUUGUCAAUAGUCUUUUUUCAUUUCAA